AUGCCGAUAGCUAUAGUUGGGAUGGGAAUGCGAUUACCUGGAAAUUGUCAUGAUAGCGAAGCUUUCUGGGACCUACUCAUCAACCAGCGUGAAGGAAUGAUUGAUAUACCGUCAAGUCGAUGGAAUAGCGAAGGCUUCUACGAUCCGCACGGCCGGCCUGGUACCACAAAGGUCAACAAGGGUAACUUUCUUGGCAGCAUUGAUCCAGCGGACUUUGAUGGAAGCUUUUUUUCAAUGUCGGCGGCACAGAUUGCCAAGGUUGACCCACAACAUAGGAUCCUGUUAGAGACUACAUACGAGGCGCUUGAGAAUGCUGGAGAGCGUAACUUUAGAGGCAAGAAGGUCGGUGUUUAUGUGGGCAUGUUUGCCGACGAUUUCGUGGAGAUGCAAUCGAAGGAUUCAGAACCUCAUGAGUUCCUGUCUCUCACAGGCCACUUGGAUCUCUUUGGAAGCAACCGUGUUUCGCACGAAUUUGAUUGGACUGGGCCUAGUAUGACAAUUAAGACAGGAUGCUCUGCAUCAUUGGUGUGUCUCGAUCAGGCAGUCAAGGCACUAAAGGCGGGAGACUGUGAUGCCGCAAUCGUUGGCGGUGCCAACCUCAUCAUGAGCCCUGCUCUCUCCUGCGCGCUGGUCGCUCAGGGAGUUAAUUCUGCGGACGGGCGGUGCCGUUCAUUUGAUGCAAAGGCAACCGGCUAUGGUAGAGGGGAAGCUGUAUCUUCUCUUCUAGUAAAGCGUUUGGAUGACGCUCUGAGAGACGGGAAUCCCAUACGCGCGAUCAUACGGUCAACUGCUUGCAAUGACGACGGCAAAACACCAGGAAUCACCCAACCCAAUACGGUCGCCCACGAGGCUCUAAUUAGGGCGGCAUACCGUACUGCAGGAAUCGCAGAGGAAGAUUUUAACAAAACUGGAUUCUUUGAGUGCCACGGAACAGGCACUGCCGUCGGCGACCCAAUCGAAGUGGGCGCUGUGGCUCGAGUUUUUGGCAAGGAUGGCAUGAUAAUUGGAUCGGUAAAAUCCAAUAUCGGACACUCGGAAGGCGCGAGUGGAAACACGUCAGUCAUCAAGGCCAUCUUAUCAAUGGAGCACCAGAUCAUUCCACCAAACGUAAACUUUGAAACGCCGAAUCCGAAGAUUCCUUGGAAAGAAGCAAAUCUCAAGGUGCCUACUGAAUGUAUGAAGUGGCCAUCGGAUCGUCUAGAAAGAGCAUCAGUAAACUCUUUCGGCAUUGGUGGAACGAAUGCCCACGUUAUCUUGGAAUCAGCCGCUGCUCAUGGGGUGAAUAGACCAAAGUUGCUGGCCACCGAGCAGAAACCGAGGCUUUCACUGCUCCUAUUCACUGCGAAGAGUGACAUCUCCCUUCAAGAAUCAAUUGAUAAGCACGCAGAUUACAUCCAGAAGCACGGCUCAUCGCGACUGGGUGAUAUUGCGUAUACGCUUGGCACACGUAGGGAGCACCAUGAGCACCGCACUUUCUGCGUUUCCGACGGCGAAGAGCCACUUGUGGCUCUGCCAUCCCUGAGAACUAAAAUGACCAAUCGUUCUACGGUUUUCGUAUUCACUGGUCAAGGCGCCCAGUGGGCAGAGAUGGGAAAAGACCUGAUAGAAGACUUUCCUUCCUUCAAAGAAAAUAUACAGGAGAUGGACAAAAUCCUACAGGAAUGUCACACCCCGCCGUCGUGGAACAUAUUGGAGGAACUGAGCAAACCCAAAAUGCGAAGUCAGAUCUCAAAAGCGGAGUUUUCUCAGCCAUUAUGCACUGUUAUUCAAAUCGCUCUCGUCGACCUCUUCCGUACAUGGAACGUCAAGCCCGACGCUGUCGUCGGCCAUUCAAGCGGAGAGAUUGCCGCAGCAUAUGCGACAAAUGGCCUUACAAAGAAGGAAGCAGUCCUCGCAGCUUACUUCAGAGGCCUGAUCACUAGCAAAAAGCUGGCUGAAGGAGCAAUGGCAGUUGUGGGACUUGGUCCGGAUCAGGUCCGAAAGCUUCUGAAAUCAGGAGUAGUGGUUGCGUGUGAGAACAGUCCAACUUCAACUACGAUUUCCGGCGACCGUAGCGCAAUUGAGGAAUUCAUCGCCACCCUUCGCGAGGAAUCACCUGAUGUCUUUGUGCGUCCUCUGCAGGUCGACAAUGCUUAUCAUUCUCACCACAUGCAAGUCUUUGGCGAUGCCUAUGAGAAAGCCCUAUCAGAUGUUUCUGCAACCAAUCAACCAAAUAUUCCCUUCUUCUCAUCGGUUACUGGUGAGGUCAUCGAUUCGGCAAACAAAUUCACCCCGUCAUACUGGCGAAGCAACCUUGAGAAUCCAGUGUUGUUCAGUACGGCAGUCCGCAACAUCAUCAAAUCUGACUUGGAAAACCCUGUUUUCCUUGAGAUUGGGCCUCAUUCAGCUCUUGCUGGACCUCUUCGUCAAAUCUUCUCUGCUGAGAAUGCGACUUUGUCCUACGUCUCUAGUCUGGCACGUGGCCAAGAUGAUACUGAGUCAAUGUACAAUGCCGUCGGAAACCUCUGGAGAAACAACAUCAAUGUUGAUAUGAGCGCUCUAUAUCCUACUGGCUCAGUGUUGACCGAUCUUCCAACCUACUCUUGGGACCGUUCGGUCAAGUUCUGGACUGAAAGUCGCAUGUGCAGUGAGUGGAAGAACCGCAACUUCCUUCCACACGAAACACUGGGUGUACGGCUACCCGGAAGUAGUCACCUUAUGCCUACCUGGAGAAAGGUCUUGCGUCUUGGUGACGUGCCUUGGAUACGUGACCAUGUCAUUGGUUCUGAUACCGUAUUUCCUGCCGUUGGUUACGUCUCCAUGGCAGGUGAAGGUAUCAGACAGCUUUCAGGACGUUCUGAUUACUCGAUUCGUGAUUUCUCGAUUCGUAGUGCCAUGAUUGUCAACGAUACCCGGCCUGUCGAUGUCGUCACCACUUUCAAGCGCUCAAAGAUCACCACGACCAUCGAUACUGACUGGUGGGACUUCCGUAUCACUUCAUUCAACGGCUCCACUUGGAGUGAGCACUGCUCGGGACAGGUAAAACCAGGUCCAGCUCGCCCAAAUAUGCGGCCAGAACCUCAGCCUGACUAUCUGAGAAAGGUCUCCGCCGAUGGCUGGUACCGGAUUAUGGAGAGAAUUGGAUUCACCUACGGUCCUACCUUCAGAAACAUGCGAGACAUCUCCGCAAACCCGAUUGGACAUGAAGCAGUGUGCACUGUUGACAACUUUUCGGAUGAAACUGGGUCUUUCUAUGAAGUGCAUCCACGCAUAUUGGACAAUCUGCUCCAGCCCAUGACUGUCUCCAUGUACCAAGGCAACCCGUCACUUUUCAACCAACUCAGUAUGCCUACAUACAUUGGAGAACUCUAUAUCUCGGGUGGUAUGAAGGAGAUUAAAGUUACGACCAAGGCGUGGCAAGACCUAAUGGGAGCUUGGUGCGGCAGUUCAUUAGGCACAGCUGACGGCAAGGUUGUCUGCGAGAUGAAGGGCCUGAAAUUUUCGCCUCUAGGUGAAAGUGCAGAGCAAAAGGAGGAGUUGAAGAACACCGUUCAGGUCGUUUGGAAGCCCGACGUUGACUUCCUGGAUCUUGAGGGCCUGGUUCGCUCACCAGUCGACAUGACCGAGCCUAGUGCUCAACUCGAGAAGUAUUUCUUCCUCCGCGCGAUUGAUACAGUCAAGAUCAUGGAUAGCGUUGAGGAUGUAAAGCUACCUCAUGGAAAGAAGUUCCGAACGUGGCUCAAAUCGUAUGUUGACAAGGUAUCUCGAGGGGAUCACCAUAUCCUCCCUGAGGGCCCUCAACUGGCUUCUCUCUCUGAAGAUAAGCGCAAUGCCUUGGUUCGCGAAAUCCAAGAGGAGCUUGCAGCGUCUAAGUGGACGCCCACUAUGGAAACAGCAAUUCGAAGAGUACAUGAGAAUGCAAAGGACCUUCUUGAAGGUACUGCAGAGAACAUUGUCUACCUCAUGGAGGACAAUAUUUUGAUGCAGAUCUACGCCUUCUUCAGCUUGUGCUGGGAUUAUGCUCCUCUUCUAGAGGUCCUUGGUCAUUGUAAGCCAACGAUGAAGAUUCUUGAAAUCGGAGCUGGUACUGGUGGUACCACAAGGAACUUGCUCCAGGGGCUCAUUUCCGAAUUUGGAGAGCGCUUAUACUCCAAAUACGACUACACUGACAUCUCAGCCGGAUUCUUUGUAGCCGCGAAGGAGCGUUUCAAGGACUAUCAGGGCAUUGAGUAUUCAGUCCUUGACAUCACCCAGGACCCGAUGGCGCAAGGGUUUGAAGAAGGCUCGUACGACCUCAUCAUUGCAGCAAACGUUCUUCAUGCGACGCCUUCAAUCCAAGACACCCUGUCGCGGGUGAAGAAGCUGUUGCACCCUAGCGGCCGACUGAUGCUCCAGGAGAUGGAUAUGCCAGCCAAGUGGGUCAACUUCAUCAUGGCCGGUUUCUCUGGUUGGUGGCUUGGUGAAGAAGACGGUCGCAUGGACGAGCCAUAUAUGACUCCAGACAGAUGGAAUCUUGAGCUCAAGGCCGCCGGCUUUACUGGUGUGGAUGCAAAGUGGUACGAUACUACACCACCCUUCCAGGUCUCCGCCACUAUUAUCUCUUCACUUGUUCAACCGACACCCGCCAGGAAGAGUGUUUCCUUCUUGUAUCGUGGAGAUUUUGAUGCACGGCUAGAGUCGUACCGGGCCACUUUCGAGGCCAAGGGUCACUCGGUUCAACCAGUACCCUUUGGAAGCCCCCUCCCCGUUGAUCAGGAUGUCGUUUCCUUCCUGGAGCUUAACUCACCAUUUUUCCACGACAUGAAACAGUCUGAUUUUGAAUACUGGAUUGAAAUGGUCGGCAGAAUGGGCGACGAAAAGUGGCUUUGGAUUACGCGAACAGCAUCCAUGGGCGCAACGGAGCCUGGUUAUGCCAUGUCCCUCGGCUUCGCGCGUACUCUCCGCUCAGAGAAGAAGAUCAGCAUUACAACUCUCGAGAUUGAUGAAGUCAACGCCCCUAGCAGCCCACAGAAGGUCGUUCAGCUUUAUGAAAAGAUCAAUAGCCCACCACCAGACGAUGAUAUGGAGCCUGACUUUGAAUUUGCGAUCAAGAACGGAGUUAUCCAUCUGCCGAGGUAUCAUUGGGUCUCCAUCAAGGAUGAGCUGGAGAAGGCUGCCGAAGAGGUCGAGAAUAAGCACCUCUGUAUCGGCCAAAAGGGCUCCAUCAAUGGCUUGCGUUGGGAAGACAAUGAAGCUGUCAGUCGACCAUGUAGGCCCGACGAAAUCGCUGUUCGUCCGCAUACAGUGGGCGUGAACUUUAGAGAUAUCGUCCAAACGCAAGGUCUCAUUGAUAGCAGCGAUCUUGGAGGAGAAUGUUCUGCCAUCGUAACUGAGGUUGGUUCAGAGGUUACAGACUUCAUAGUUGGCGACCGUGUCUUUGGCAUGGUUGCUGAAAGCUACUCGAACCGUGUACUCGAUAAAGCUGAGCUAUUCGCCAAAGUCCCAAAUAACUUAACCAUGGAGGAGGCAGCAACGAUGCCUACGACCUAUCUGACGGUGAUAUUUGCGUUGCGACAUGCUCGCCGGCUGAACAAGGGCGAUAUUUUCGCAACAGUCGGCACUGAGGACAAGGUAGAGUUCCUAGUCAACAACUUUGGCAUUCCACGAGAGCAGAUUUUCGACUCUCACAGCAAUGCCUUCCGAACGGAAAUCCUCGCCGCAACCAACGGACGCGGUGUCGAUAUUGCUCUCAAUUCUCUUGCUGGUGAACUUUUACACGAGACCUGGCAGUGUAUCGGUGACUUUGGUGCAAUGAUUGAAAUCGGAAAGCGUGACUUCUACGGGCACGGAAAAAUAGACCUCGUCGGCUUCACGGACAACCGCAGCUUCAUCGGCGUGGAUGCUCACCACAUUCAGCACGCCCGCCCUGAUUUGUGUGGAAGACUCAUCCGCGAGUUGGCUGAGUUGAGUUCCGCAGGACACAUUCAACCAAUCCGGCCAAUCAAGAACUUUGGUGUAACAGAGAUUGCGGAUGCAUUCCGUUACAUGCAAAAAGGCACACACAUAGGCAAGAUCACGGUGACUAUGCCUGAGGAUCCGAAGGUCUUCAAGGAAAUCACCUGCAAGAAACAUCAUCCUAAACUCAACGUCCACCCAGACUAUUCAUAUCUGCUGGUUGGUGGUCUGGGAGGUAUUGGUCGCUCUAUCGCUCUGUCGCUCGUUCUCAAUGGCGCCAAACACCUCAUAUUCAUCUCCCGUUCUGGAAGGUCAUCAAAGAAUGAGCACUUUCUCCAGGAGCUUGAGGUCCUUGGAUGCUCUGUUCAAGUAUUGGCAGGAUCAGCUGCGGAUCUCAACCUGGUCAAGCAUGCGGCUAAGACUGCUACAAAGCCUAUCCGCGGUGUCAUUCAGCUUGCCAUGGUGUUGAACGAUCAAGCCAUCGGAUCAAUGACCUGGGAUGCAUGGAAGGCAGCCACUGAGCCUAAGGUCGCCGGCACCUGGAACCUACACCACGCAGUACCAGACGUUGAUUUCUUUAUCAUGUUCUCUUCGAUAAGCGGCUUGAUGGGUCAAAUUGGCCAAGCAAAUUACGCAGCGGCAAACACCUUCCUCGAUGCUUUCACACAGUACCGCCACAGUCUUGGACUUCCCGCUUCCGUCAUCGACCUGGGCGUCAUGGAGGAUGUUGGUUUCGUCGCCGCAACCGAGAAUUUGCUCGAUUACUUCAAGUCACAGUCCUCUACAACGCUGACUGAGAAGGAUAUCUUCGAUAUCGUGAGGCUCGCCAUCACCCGCUCAGACCCUACUUUGACUUGGAAGGGUGAUGGCUUCUCGGACCAGGGCCAGUUUGCUCCAGGUGUGCGCACUACUCUCUCAAUGUACGACCCCAACAAUCGUGUGAUCUGGAAACAUGACCGCCGUUUCGCUAUCGCACGAACACUUGAUGUAGAGAACAGCUCCGCGUCCACUACAUCAUCCAACUUGAAGGCUUACAUAUCCGGCCUAAAUUCUUCGUCUGAUGAAAGCGUGGAAUAUGUAGCCAAGGAAAUUGGCAAGACGCUGUUCGGAUUCCUGAUGCGGACUGUUGACGACAUGGACAUUGAUGAGUCACUGAGCUCGAUUGGAUUGGAUAGCUUGGUAGGCAUUGAACUGAGGAAUUGGACGAAGCAGCAACUUGGGUAUGAGAUUAGCAUUCUCGAGCUGAUGCAGAGCACACUAAGGGAUUUGGCAAGGGGUGCUGUGGAUUCUAUUCUUGCCAAGCAGAAGUAG